AGAACCAAAACUCUCCCUCUCUUUUUGUCUCUAAAUAUCAUACUUCAAAACUGUGUGCAUUUUAAAUUAGAAAAAAAAUAUUAAAAUGGGGAGACAUGAAGAUGAAAUUCCUGCAAAUCCAAAUUUAUAUCCAGAAGAGCUACAACUUAAAUUGUAUCAAGCUUUUAUAUUCUCAAUCCCAAUAUUAUUUUCCAUAAUUUUGUUUCUUUUAUUUUAUCUGUUUUAUCUCAAGAGAAGGGCCAACAAUAAUUUGUCAGUACAACCCUCGAGAUUACAACAGUCUGCCUCUUUCCUUUCCCCACCAUGGAGUGUGGGGAUCAAAGGAGAGAUGAAAGACAAGCUACAAGUAAUCCAAUUUGAUGAAGAACAAAGAGCAAGAGAUUCACUAUGUUGUGUAUGCUUGGGAGAGUUUGUGUUGAAAGAGGAGCUAAGACGAUUGCCACUAUGCAAACACGUGUUCCAUGGUGAUUGCAUCCGUCUAUGGCUCCGAACCAAUGCCACGUGUCCUCUAUGCAGGUGCACUGUCAUACCUGCACUGAAAAUGGGUCGUCCUGUUGGGCUUGGGCCAGACCAUAUUACCCAAGGGAAUGAUAACCCUGGCCCGCAGCAUGAGCAAGUAAAUGAUGGAAGUAGUAGUUCGGUUGUGCUAAAUAAUUCAAGACCAAGAGAGCAUGUAGUUCAAAUUGGAGAGGAACCAUCUUCCAAUAGUAGCAAUACUUCAUAAAAAUUAACGUCUAAUAUAAUUCUAACUUCAACCAAAGUAAUUUGCCAAUAUAUAAUGAUCAAUUGAUCAUCAUCCAAUUCGGUUACUGAUAUCGGGAGUGUUAAUUUCCUCUUGAGGAGAUAAAGAAGAACUAUUGAGCAUAUACGACUGUGGUGGUACCUUGAAUAGUUGUACGUGGCAAUAUCUGAGACGACUAUGCAUGGGAUAUGGCGAUAUAUGUUUAUGUUGGUGUAUAUUUUCGGUGACUUGUAAUGUGGUGUUUUUUUCACCUAAGUGUGGUAGUGUGAUGUACAAAAAUUUUAGUGUGUCUUUUGAGGAGUCAAGGAACUAACAUGGUUCCUGGUGUGGUCUAUACGGAGGAGGUUGACCCAAAGUUUUGUAGCUUAAUUAGGAUGAAAUUUGAAUGAAAUUGAAUAAAAAUUUCAA